AUGACUGUCAUCGACAAACCAGACGAAGUCUAUCCCCCAAUCCCCGUAUACGGUGGCCGGUGGACUCCGCCAAAGCGCCUUCUGGACUGCUACAACCACAUGUGGAUUGACACAGACGUGUGGGAGCUUCCAGAAAAUGUUACAUAUGAGCUCUACAGCCAGCCAACGCGCGGUCCUGGACCCCAGGGCUCCUAUCUGGUCGUCCUACCACCGGGCUACGAUGACUUAGAUGUAAACGGAGAGCGAUACCCCGUACUCUACUGGCUACAUGGGGGCUUUUCAUGCUCCCGCCAUGCGCUGUGGUCACUCCAAUUUUAUGCACGCAAAAUGGAGCUGGGCACAAUGCCCAAGGUGAUUUUGGUCGCACCGCAGGCAUUGCCAAAAGGUCGCUGGAUCAACAGUUACGAUGGCAGCCGCCGCCUUGGGGACAUCAUGCGCCAUGAUCUCGUCACAGCCAUUGAUGAGCGGUACAGGACCAUUAGACAUCCAUCAGCGCGUUGGCUGGAGGGUCACUCAGCAGGAGGGUACGUGGCUAAACACCCAUAG